GGUUAAGCUUCCUGUGGAAAUUGCAGGUACUUCUCCUACUGAGCAGUUGCCACCGUUUGGCUGGGGCGUUGCGUGGCCUGAUGCGUCCGUCUUCAAAGAGUUCACUGACAGCCACCGACCCAUCAGGCAGGUGUCUGAGGAUGGGCAAUGGUACUACCGGCCAGCCACCUGGUACCUCCUCUCGUCCCCUCCGCAGGGACAUGCACUGGUGUCUUCUGGUGAGGUCUCAGCUUUGGUUUUACGGGCGUGCAAUGCUCUCGGUGAGCACCGUGUGAGAGAGGGCAAGGUGCAAGCGGUGUGCCCACUGCUGCGGCAGAAGGUGCCGGUCGUGGUUCUUCUGACUUCCUGGGGAGUUAUUUCCAUCGUUUGCCGCAGGCAGGCAGAACAGAGGCAGCAAGGGACGCUACAGGGGCAGGAUGAUGCUGUGCUCGCCUCUCGUCGGCUGGAGCGUUUGGAUGACCAUCCUCCACCAGUGAAAAGGGAUGGAUGUGGGCACACAGUGAUGUACCAAGACAGCGGGACCCUGGCAUCCAAGAACUAUCCUGGGACAUACCCAAACUACACUCUUUGUGAAAAGAAAAUCCAAGUGCCUCCGGGAAAACGCCUGAUCUUAAAAAUUGGAGACCUGGAUAUUGAAUCACAGAAAUGCGAAUCCAGCUACCUUACCAUCCAGAGCUCUUCAACAUUGCAUGGGCCGUACUGCGGUAACGUGAUGCCCGUCCCCAAAGAAAUCAUUCUGGAUAGCAAUGAAGCGACUAUUCACUUUGAGAGUGGAUCCCACGUGUCAGGCCGAGGCUUUCUGUUGUCCUAUGCCAGCAGUGAUCACCCAGAUCUCAUCACAUGUUUGGAACGAGCAAACCACUACACCAAGGCGGAAUACAGCAGGUACUGUCCUGCCGGCUGCAGAGACAUAGCAGGUGACAUUUCUGGGGAUAUCGGAGAAGGAUACAGGGAUUCCUCGCUGCUGUGCAAGUCGGCGAUACACGCAGGAGUCAUCGCGGACGAGCUGGGCGGUCAGAUCAGCGUCACCCAGCAGAAGGGCAUCAGCCGAUACGAAGGCGGUGUCGCCAACGGCAUCCCCUCACAAGAUGGUUCGCUGUCAGAUAAGCGGUUUAUAUUUACUUCAAAUGGCUGCAACAAAUCGCUCAGUCUGGAAGAGGGAUUCCUCUCCAAGAGCCAGGUUACUGCAUCUUCCUUCUGGGAGGAGACCAACGAAUUUGGGCAACUAUUCCAGUGGUCUCCCGACAAGGCUUGGCUUCAAGUCCCAGGAUUGGCUUGGGCCUCUAACCACAGCAGCAAUCGGGAAUGGCUGGAGAUAGACCUGGGAGAGAAGAAGAGAAUAACAGGAAUUAAGACCACCGGUUCUGGAUCCACAACGCUGAAUUUCAACUUUUACGUAAAGACCUUUACAAUGAACUACAAAAACAGCAACUCGAAAUGGAGAACGUACAAAGGGAUUCUGAGCAAUGAAGAAAAGGUAAGGGAAG